AUGGAGAAUUCUGAAAAUGUAACUGCAAUCCAUGAAACUGAGGAAAACAACAACAAGGAAACAAAGGACAAGGAGCCUGCAGAGGAGAAGUCUAAUGAGCCAGAUGCAGAACCAGGGGGCGGGGCUGAAAAGACUGGAGGAGGGGCCAGUGAAGAGAAUGAAGGGGUGGAGCCUAAUGCAAAUAUGGGAGUCAAUGAGAGUGAAGCAUGUGAAGGGGACGGAAAAGUCUCUGGGAAUGCCAACACAGGAGAUCAAAUGAAAGAAGAGAAGGAAGAAGUGAAUCAAAACAAGGAGGAGUGUAAAAAAGUUGAAGAAAAAAAGGCAGAGAGUGAUGGCAAAACGGAAAAAACAGGGGAGAAGGGAGAGGAUGAAAGUAAAGUAAAGAGCACAGAGACAGAGAAACAAGGGAAGACAAAGCGGAAGAGCGGGACAACUUCUGCCCCCCCCACCCGUGUGGCACCCCCCAGAAUAGGAAUGAGCAGACCCCAAAAUGCCCGCUCAUCAGCCAGGAGAGACGCUAUGGCAAAGUUUCAGAAAGACCAGACUCCAGUUGUCCGGAACUUUAAAGUUCAGAGGUCCUCUUUAGGGCUGGCAAGUGGUGCUUCAAUCAAACAGAAAAUCCUCCAGUGGUGUGUCAACAAAACACGAAACUAUGAGGGUGUUGUGAUAGAGAACUUUUCUUCUUCCUGGAGUGACGGGCUGGCUUUCUGCGCCCUCGUCCAUCGCUUCUUCCCCUCUGCUUUUGACUUCUCAUCCUUAAAAGCCAGCGAACGAGAGAAGAACUUCACCCUGGCUUUCAGUACUGCAGAGUCGCUGGCUGACUGCUACCCACUGUUAGAAGUGCCUGAUAUGUUGAUGAUGGGGGACAGGCCAGACCCACUGUGUGUUUUCACCUAUGUACAAUCUCUCUGCCAACACCUCUCAAAGAUAGAGAGAGAGAGGAAGGAAAAAGAGAAAAAAGAAGAAAUCAAAAACCAAGAGGAAGAUGAAGGAGGAAGGCAAGAGGAAGUGGGAGAAGAAGAUGUCAAUGGAAAAGUUAUUGUGUACGGUGGCCCCUUCACCGACCCUCUCUUCUUCACCAAAUUUGACCAACGCUGGCCCCCACCUGGGCGACACCCUCCCAUCACACCAGCCACAUCUGGACCUUCAGGAAGUCAGUGA